GUGAUGCUGAAUGGUGAAGUUGCGUAAAAUCGAUAGUUGCAUUCGGGUGCGAGGCGGUUGAAAAAUGUGGUGGAUUUUAGGUCAUAGUCUGUGAAUUAUUUCUCAGUGAUGUUAAUUAUUUAGGCGUGACAUUAAGUUAUUGAAAUGGAGCAAGAAACUGUGUACGACUCGAACGAAGACUCGCACGUAGUCAUGUGCGAGAAAGUCCAAUCCCUAGCAGGGAGUGUUUACCAAGAACUGGAACGUAUGAUUGCAAAAUAUGAUGAAGAUGUGGUAAAAAAUCUUAUGCCACUAGUGGUCAACAUUUUGGAAAGUCUUGAUUUCGCUUAUACUGAAAACCAAGAGCAUGAAGUUGAGCUGGAGCUCCUUCGUGAGGACAAUGAACAAUUAGUUACACAGUAUGAACGAGAAAAGCAGCUUCGGAGAGCAUCAGAACAGAAACUGUUUGAGCUUGAAGAUCACAAUGAAGAACAGGUCAAACAGUCUGUUUCCAAAAUCGAAAGCCUGGAGUCCAUUGUGCGAAUGUUUGAACUGAAGACCAGGAAUGCUUCUGACCAUGUGGCCCGACUGGAGGAGAAGGAGGACACGAUGCGAAAGGAGUACGCCAAGCUGCACGACCGCUACACAGAGCUCUUCAAGACGCACAUGGACUACAUGGAGCGCACCAAGAUCCUGCUCGGCACCGACCGUCUCGACCAGCUCAGCAUGCUGCGGCCGAAGGCGCCGCUGGGCGGCCUGCAGAACAACUCCAUGACCAGAUCUGCGGGCCCUCUGUCGUUCCAACUGCAGGGCAGCGAGCCCCGUCCAGCCGCGUCUGCCUCCGGCACUUCAGCGACCGCCGACACUAGCGCCCCUAGCGGCGACAGUGAGCACCAGCCGCACGGCCCCAACAGCCUCCAGGCUGAGAUCCAGGUAAAUGAUGCCGAGACGGCGAUGGAGCGUCACCACACGGCCGACAAAGGUCAGACCACCGACGUAACCAUGGGAACGCAUGACGCCGCGCCGAGCGCCACUAACACGCCAAGCGCCAACGCCUGGGACCGGGAGAUGUCGAUGGAUGACGUCACGCCGGACCACGAGGACAUGCCGUCCGACUUCAAGGCGCCGGCCCUCUCCAACACCACCAAACGCAGUGAGCACCGGUCUGCCAACAACCUGUACCAGGAGCUGAGUUUCCAGGACGCCACGCUGGAGCCGGACGACGGAGGAGACGUCACCGGAGGCUGGGUACACCCGGGCGAGUUUGCCUCCUCAGAGUCCGAUGACGAGGACGAGGGCCCGGGCCGGCGGUCGGCGACGGCGGCACAGAAGCAUGCCAGCGAUAACUUUUUCGGAAUGGGACGGGAAGUGGAAAACCUCAUCAUGGAAAAUAACGAGCUGCUUGCCACCAAGAACGCCCUGAACAUUGUCAAAGACGACCUAAUUGCCAAAGUGGACGAACUCACCGGUGAGCAGGAGAUCCUCCGCGAGGAGGUCAAGUCGCAGCAGACGGUGCGGUCCCGGCUGCAGCUGCGCGUCCAAGAGCUCGAGGACGAGCUGAAGAAGAUGAAGGAGGACGCCGAGAAGACCAGCAAGGAGACCACCGAGGAGGACGACAUCCCGAUGGCCCAGCGGAAGCGGUUCACCCGUGUCGAGAUGGCCCGCGUGCUCAUGGAGCGGAACCAGUACAAAGAGCGCUUCAUGGAGCUGCAGGAGGCGGUCAGGUGGACGGAAAUGAUCCGGGCCAGUAGGAGCGACGGUCAGGGCAUCGACAAGAAGAGCAAACAGGGUAUCUGGAAAUUUUUCAGUAACCUGUUCAGUUCGACCGACUCUCGGCCGUCCAGUCGCGCCCUGCCCUCGGGUAACGUCCUGUACGACGCACCGUCCAACUCCGUCAGCCCGGCCGAGCCGUCCAAGCGGCGCGGCGCGCAGGAGCGCAAACGAGGGCUGGACUUCCUCGACACGGACAUUUCGUCGGAGAAGCUACAGCAGCGGCGAGCCACCGAGCGGCGUGAACAAUACAAGCAGGUGCGCGCCCACGUCAAAAAGGACGACGGACGCAUGCAGGCCUAUGGCUGGUCACUGCCCGCGAAGGUGCCCAGCGCGCCGGCCGCCGCGGCGCCUCAGGGCAAGACCGAGAGUCAGAAGUCGUCUCACGUGCCGGUCCCGGUGCCCGUCUAUUGCCGACCGCUGAUGGAGAAGGAACAGGGCAUGAAGAUCUGGUGUGCGGCCGGCGUGAACCUGACGGGCGGCCGGACGCGGGAUGGCGGCAGCGUGGUGGGCGCCUCGGUCUUCUACUCAGGAGAGUGCGCCGUGCCGGGCUCGCCGGUCGGAGAGGGCGACGAGGUCGAGCAGCUCAGUCGGCAGCUCAAGGAGCAAGAGCAGCUUCGUACCGAGAACGAAACACUGGACCAGAGCCUGUCCUCCCUGGUGUGGAUCUGCACGAGCACUCACAACGCUAGCAAAGUGACUGUGAUCGACGCCAACAACCCGGCCGAUGUUCUUCAGUCGUUCCCUGUCUGCUCGUCACAUCUGCUCUGCAUUGCCAGUGUGCCGGGCGCCAUGGAGUCUGAUUACGCAGUAGACGGAGAGCUGGCCAGUCUUACCACCGAGGAGCCCGCUCCGGCCACAGCGGCAGCCGGCGGCGGUGAUGAAGCGGACGGCGCCGGUCAGGAGGGUCGCAUGGCCACCAUCCGACUGGUGAGCUGUGCCACCGGAGAGACUGCCCCGCCGGCCAGCGGACCGCCCAGCGGCGUCAGCAGUACUGAUGAGAUCAGACCUGUCCUGCGGAAGGAGGUUAACACUGGGGAGAACGCGGCCGAGCGGCCAGCCGAAGACCCCGAGUCGGCGGCUCAGGCCGAGCGGCGCCUGAUGACAUCUCCGACCGAUGACAUUGUCAAGGACGGCCUCACUGACGGCGUCAGUGAGUCUCACAUGGGUCAGGAGGAGGAGAAGAUGUCGAGCGUGCUGCCCACCAUGUGGCUCGGCUCGCAGUCGGGCUGCGUCUACGUCCACUCGGCCAAGGCCCAGUGGAAGCGCUGCAUCCACUCCAUUCGACUCAAGGACUCGGUGCUCAGCAUUGUUCACGUGAAGGGUCGCGUGCUGGCCUCGCUGGCCGAUGGUACGGUGGCCAUGUUUCACCGCGGGCCCGACGGCCAGUGGGACCUGACCAACUACCAUCUGCUCGACCUGGGCCAGCCGCAGCAUAGCAUCAGGUGUAUGACAGUGGUGCAGGACAGCGUCUGGUGCGGCUGUCGAAACCGGGUGCAUGUCAUCAACCCAAAGACCAUGCAGGUUCAGACGUCGUUUGACGCCCACCCGCGGCGCGAGUCGCAGCUGAGGCAGAUGGCCUGGCUCGGUGACGGCGUCUGGGUGUCGAUCCGACUCGACUCCACACUGCGCCUGUACCAUGCGCACACGCAGCAGCACCUACAGGAUGUCGACAUCGAGCCCUACGUCAGCAAGAUGCUCGAUGUGUCCGGUGUUGCAGGCACCGGCAAGCUGGGCUUCUCGUUCGUGCGUAUCACGGCUCUGCUCAUCUCGUCGAGCCGGCUGUGGAUCGGCACAGGGAACGGCGUGGUCAUCUCUGUGCCGCUGAACGCAGACGGCUCGGCGUCUCGGCCGCCGGGCGGUGCUGGUGGUGGCGGCGCCGGCGCCGGCGCGCCCCGUCUCCCCGGCGGCGUGGUGCGGGUCUACUCGGACGCUCGCGGUGAGCAGCUCACGCCGGCCAGCUUCAUACCGUACUGUCAUAUGGCGCACGCGCAGCUCAGCUUCCACGGCCACCGGGACGCCGUCAAGUUCUUCGUGGCCGUGCCAGGCUCGGGCGGCCUCAGCUCCGCCUCCCAGACCGCCUCGACUGCCGGCGGGUCGGCCGCCUCCUCCGCCUCCGAACAGAAGCCGCGCUCACUACUGGUCAUGUCUGGAGGCGAGGGCUACAUCGACUUCCGAAUCGGAGAGGCCGAGGAGGAAGAGGACCUGGAGGAGUCAGCCGACAAGCCGCGCUCUCUGUCUCGCGGCGAGCGCUCCCACCUGAUCGUGUGGCAGGUGUCCGUACCAGACUAGUCACCCGACGAGCCGCCUGGUUGAAGGCUUGUCGACAUACGAGUCGCCUGGUUCGCGACUUGUCCUUUGACGAGCCGACCAGGCGGGUCCGGUUCGUCGCCGGCUGGCGUGUUCGUGUGCGUGUGUGCGUGUAUUUAUUGCAAUUGUCGGGACGUUUUAGUAGUGAUUCGUGGCUUAUGCGGACGCUCGUUGGUGAUAUGGACUGUGCGGUCGCACGCUGACCUGCGCGGUAACCCGUGCGCACUGUCACGGCACGGUUGGACAACUAGGCAGCAUUGUGCAGCGUCACGCUACAAUGAUGAAUUUUUUCACUUUGCCUUCGGUGUAGCAGUCGGGACAGGCAGCGGCCCAUGACGGUCGGGUUUUAGCGAAAAAGUGUGUGAGCGUGCGCGCGUAUGUGUGUCUGUGUAAUGUGUUCCAUUGAAGUGCAUGCAAUGCGUUGUGGUAGGAGGGCAGGCGGCACGCUCUGGUCUAGUCGGAGGUCGGAGGUCGAGCGCCGGCCGUGAGUGACUUCGUGACCCGGUGAUUGCCCGAGGCUAUCGCGGCGCUGGGCUGUUAUAUUUAUUCUUACUGGACUUAUUUAGCUGCAGAGUACCUACGGGUGGAUCACCCGAACGUCGGUCAGGCAGGCGCGAACGGCGGUGGACACGGUGUGGGACGUGUAGCUGCGGCUGACGGCGGCGCGCACGCGGUCCUCCAGUGGCCGCACACUCAGUCAUACGGCUCGGUCUAGGCUGCCGCGGAUGUGGGCUUUUCAGCAGGGCGGUAUGAUUCAGGUUUCGGCCGACAAUCGUCGAUGAGCCGGGGGACUUUUGGCCCGUCCCCCGGCAAGCCCUACGCUUGGUGUCGGCUCCACACGCCUGGUUGACCCGUUCCGACCCCGGCGCGGACCGCCGGGAUGGGGCCUGGUCCGUGUUGGGGUCUCAUUCCCGCGUCCCCAGGCCGGGAUACCCGGCGCGUGGCGCGUGCAUGCCCCCGAAGGCUUGACCUCCGCGACAGCUGGGCUGUUGUUGGUUGUUUGAUUUGGAUAUUUUAUGCGUUUUAAUGUGUCCGGCGCGGUGCAAUCUAGUGUUACACGACGCGCUGAAGUGUGCUCUCUGGCAUGGAGGGGUUGCAAAACCUAACGGAGAAAUGUAUCCAACUGCUUACUCAAAACUGUGACGGGCUUCACUAAACGGAAUCUACGCACUCCCGAUCGUUUGAAGUCAUGUACGCAUUGUGGUGCAGAGAUCUGUAUCUACAGCCUGGAUGUCGUCGGCUGGCUUUUGAUAACGGUCUGUGUAGGUUGAAUUUGUACAUCGAGCUCUGAUGUUCGUGAGUGGGGUGAUUCUGCUUCUCGGUCAGAAUCGUAGCCUAUGUAUCCGAGGCCUAUGCGCACGCUAUGUAACAAACGAUACAGUGAAAAUAAACGCGGUUGCGUUCA